CAGAACUUAGCAACAGUGGCAGAAACUACAAUCAGCCAGAACCGUGAACACUGAACGAGCUCCAGGAGAAACCUCCGACAUCUAGUUUGGGAUUCAAACAACUCAGUGAGCGCUUUUCAUCCUAAAAACUUUGGAUCACUCUUUUUUUGCUGUAUUUUUCUGUAGUUUUGAGUGGAUUUAAGAUGGAGAAGUAAAAUGGUGAGGAAGAAAAAACUACUGGUGUUUGAAAUUUGUGGAAGCAUGAUGUGGGAUGGAUAAACAACAACCAAACUCUGCUAUGGCCUCUAAUGACCCUGAGCUUUCUGAGCCCUCUGCUGACCCUCAACCUGGUGACCUCAUUGAAAUAUUCAGACCAGCAUACCAGCACUGGGCUCUCUACCUGGGAGAUGGUUACAUCAUCAACUUAACUCCUGUUGAUGAGAGCCAGGCAGCCACCAUGUCCAGCGUCAAGUCUGUGUUCAGCAGGAAGGCUGUGGUGCGCAUGCAGCUGCUGAAAGAGGUGGUGGGAAACGAUUCGUACCGCAUCAACAACAAGUAUGAUGACAACCACACACCUCUGCCUGUCCGUGAGAUCAUCCAGCGAGCUGAAGUCCUCAUCGACCAGGAGGUGUCCUAUGACCUGCUGGGGAGCAACUGCGAGCACUUUGUGACCCUUCUACGCUACGGGGAAGGGGUUUCUGAGCAGGCUUCACGGGCCAUGGGGGCCAUCAGUCUGGUGACGGCAGCAGCCAGUGCCUUCUCUGUCCUGGGGCUGAUCAACACACGGUCCAGAAACAGGCCUUUCUGAAUUCUGAGAUCUGCACUGCAGGCUGUUGUUCCCCAGCGUUCAUGCAACUGUAAUAAAAGAAUGUGAAAACAAAAA